AUAGGAGCACCAGAGUUCUCCUGUUUGUACCUUUUCUCCUUCAUUUUCUCUACAGAAAUGAAGGUUUCUCUUCUGGUCCUAACAAUAUUAUUCACGGCUGUGUGUGCGGGAAAAUUGGACGAAAAGCAUAACGAAAUACUACAGUUAAAAUGUGGAAUAAAGGGCUCUCAACGAGAAUUCAUCAACGGAGACACGGCUCGUCCUGGAGAUCACCCAUGGGCGGUAUCAGUUUAUGUCAAGGCGAAUACUACUUCAAAAAAUGGAGUGUUUCUUGGACCUGGAACUCUGAUCUCGGCACGUCAUGUUUUGACAUUUAAUAGUAUCAAAGUGGUUGAUGGAAAACGGAGAAUAUUGGGACAGGAAGAAGUUAAUGGUGCCUGCAAUGGAAAUCAUUUUGAGUUAUCCCAAGAUGAAAUGUAUCAUUUCGAUUACGACUUCGAACAUUUCAAGAAUUUCGACAGCAAAAGAGAUUUCAAAAAUACAAUUGCAAGUGUAUACAUUAUCAAUGGAUGUCAAUCAUCUCCGCCGCCUGCGACCCUUUUGAUGUUUGAAUUGAAAGAAAGCGCUUUGCACAACAAAAAAGGAUAUCCAGUUUGCAUUUCGAAUUCUCCAAAGCAUUUUGAUGCUUCUGAUUUCGAAGUUUUUGGACUUAAUCAACAAGGAAGACUAGUCAGCGGAGCCUUUGCGCCAACUAAUUGCACUGCAACAGCUCCCUUCUCCUGUGCUCACGCGGUGAAACAAAAUCAAGGAUUGUGCUCGGGAGACUUUGGCGGAAGUGCCGUUUCAAGAAUUGAUAAUCGCUUCACAAUGCUUGGCUUCUUCGCACAAGGAAAUAAGAAUUGCAAAGCAAAGCCAGAAACCUUGGAAGCCUUCAAAUUCCUGAAUAUCGGAUAUUAUCGCGAGGAAAUCUGCGAAGUCACGGGAAUUUGUACUCCAUCACCACCAUCACCAGAGGAGUCAACUACGCUGUCUCCAAGUGAGCUUAUUCCAGGAGAAUCAACUGACACACCACCAUCUUCCAAAACUGACGUACCCGAGGGAACCACUGAGCAAGAGUUUUUCACAGAAGGACCAGCGUCUACAGAUCACUCAAUUUCUACCACAGACCAGAGGGAACGCCUGAAAACGAGUUUUUCACUGAAGAAUCAGCAUCUACAGCUUUUCCACUUGUUACAGACGUGCCCGAGGGAACCCUUGAGCAAGAAUUUUUCACAGAAAAACCAGAGUUUACAUUUGACCCAAUUAUUACUGCCGAGUCCGAGGGAACAACUCCAGAAGAAAUCAUCACGGAAAAUCCCGUGUCCACAUAUGAGUCUGCCAGAACAACUGAAGUAAUGUUCACGGAAGUGGAACCAGAAGAUGAAAUCACCGAAUCUUCAGUCCGACCAACUGGAGAAAGUGGUCCAGGAAUGUCUUCCACUGGGUCACCAGAGGAAGAAUUCACGAGCCCUUCACCAGUGGACUUCACAACACAAUACCCGGAUCCCACUACCACUGUGCCUGCAAUUAGAAUUGGUGAAAAUGGAGAAGUUAUCCACGCUGAGACAUUCGAGCCAAUGAGAGUGGUCAUUCACAAUUGCACUAGUGAAGAAACACGUGAUCAGAAUAUUGGAGGAGGUGUUGUCACAAGAGGAAACCGAGGAAGUGUUGAUGAGAUUAAUAUUUAUAUUAACAUGAAUUGAUGCUUCAAUAAAGGCUCUGAACA